CAAAUUUAUCAUGAACAUCAUACCAUGUUUGUUAAUUUACGUUUUUCAUCGUCUUUAAAACACCGAUUUUCUUAAUCAUUGUGAAAUAUGGCAAUUUACAUCGAAAGAUAAACAUACAGCGAAUAUUGAAUUAACGGGUAUUAUUUAACAACGGCUUAUAAAAGGGUAAGUAAUUACGUAACUUUAUAUGCUACAGAAACACACAUGAAAAUAUAUCUAUAUUACUUUAGUAUAAACUUUCACUGAUAUUUAAUAGUCGUUUAUAUGACGAUAUUUCAACAUUUUGUUUUACUUCGUUAGAGGAGCCUGUUGUGUGUUCAAGAACUAUAUGAUUUACUCUAUAUUUGUGUAGAACUAUCUUACUAUCAUCCAUUUUUGUCAUCCUUUCUUAGUUUCUGUGACUCUGCCUAGUGUUUUUGUGUUUUAAUAUAUCAGAAUGCACAAUAUAUGUCUCAACAAUAUAUUUAUCAGAGAUUCAGCGUUCAUUCUGCUCUUUCAUUGGUUGUUAGCCAUGAUCUGUUACCGAACAUAUGCACAGAUGACACCAUUUCUAUGACAUUAUAAACUAUAGCUGCAAAUGGCAUCAUCUGCUCUCAGGAGCCAAUCACAACCACUCAGGAGCAUCACGAACCAAUGGCAUGCUUUGUUUUGGCAUUAAAACUUCUUUCUAUCUAAUGAACCAAAAACCAAUAUUAAAAUAGAAAUACCGAUAAUAUUGAUAUUUUAGUAUUUCUUCACUCUGGAAGUCAUUUUUCAGAAUUUUCACCUAACUAAUUGGGCAAUACAUUGACAUCAGCCAAAAAGCAAUGAGUUAAAAGAGGCACAUCAGUUGUGUUGCUGACAUAUUUACAUAAGCGUAUGGCACAAUUUAUAGUUUAUACAGAAGAAAGAAACAGCUUUAUGACUGAAAACUCUUUCAGAGUAAGUGGAUAAGGAAAUUGAUCCACUAUUACAGGUAAACUACGUGAAGCAUUCCUCUUUUGAGUUCCCAACUCAUUUGGAAUUUUCAUAAUCUGCUUUGCAAAUUUGAAAAACGCUUUGCAAAUCCUUGAGGGAAUUUGCAAUUUUCCUGUCGGCCUUUGCAAUAUUCCAACGCAAAUAAAGUUCCUUUCAAAUUUUCCUAACUUCCUGUUUUAAUUUCCUGACUUCCUGUUCUCUUCUGAGCGUUAUCAUUGGCGGAUUAUUUUUGUUAGCCAAUUAGAAUGCGAAGAACAGAACAGGAAGUUAGGAACUUGUAACAGGAAGUUAAGAACUUCUAACAGGAACUGAGGAAAAUUUAUUUGGCUCUUGAACAUUGCAAAUUCCCUCAAGGGAUUUGCAAGGGAGUUUUUCAAAUUUGCUAAGGUAAUGAGGAAAAUUGCAAUCAAGUUAGGAACUUAAAAGAGGAACGCUUCACGUAGUUUACCUGUAAUAUAAUUACAUGUAAUACACUGCUGUGGGGAUACAGAAAAUACCAAUAACUGAUAUUUAAAAAUCAUCACUAUAUAUAUUUCUGAUCAAUACUCUUAUAUUGCAACAACCAAGUGAACCUGUUUCUGUUGUGCUUUAUAGCCAUCAUGCAAGCUUUUUGGUGAUUAUAAUUCAAAACAAAUUAGAUAACAUUUUGCCAUUUGAACGUGUUAAGAAUGUUCACCAAUGAUGAUUUCUCAUUGCAUAUUGUGGACCACUUAUUUGUUUUUAACACUACAACUAUAACUAACAGUAUCAGUAAAUGGACAGACAAUGGCAAAAUGCUCUUGAACUGUGCCAGUGUAGGUUAAGCAACGAUAACAAGACAGAGCGCUCUAUGGAUUGAGGGAGAUGCAAUUACUCCCUGAAAAAUAUAAGCAGAACUUCUAUGUUUCGAGCCCUUUGUUGAGAAGCUACUAUAACUACAUUAUCUUUGCCACUACUACUGUAACUUCCUGAUGAAGGACCUUCGCUCAAACGUCAAAGUUCUGCUUAUAUUUUUCAGAUAGCUGUAUCUUUCUCAACCUGUGCAGCUGUUUUAAUGGUAAAAUGCUAUCUAUUUGUCAAAUAGAUUCAAUUAUGCAUAAUUUUAUAACAUAUGGGUGAAAUUUUCAACAUGUAUGCUGAGGGUUUCAUGUCCGUUUAAGGCUCUAAGUUAUGCGAAUCAUAAUUAAUCAUGUCGAUUAGCCCACACAGAACAGAUUGUAUAAGACUACAGUAUGUUGACACUACACAGGAGCAAAAGAAUGCCAGCAGAAUUUAUAUGUGUUUACACUGUUACAGUUUGUUUACAAAGACGAGAAAUUUAUUAAACAAAAAGCAUUUGAAUUAAUUUUACUGUUUUGGGACCUCAGAUACUGGGUUUGCAAGCGAUACAAAAAAGUAACAGCGCUUUUGUUCACAUGAAGCCGCCAAACGCUCCAUUUUCAUCACACUCCGUUUAGAAACCGUGCUCAAAUUGUUACGGCAAUAGUGACGUUUUCAAACAAUUUCGUUCUAUCUUAGUGUGAAUACGACGGCUAAUUGUGACUUUUUUGCAACACUAAAAUGCGUAUGUUGUGGCAUCAUUGGCAUACUUUGUACAGAAUCAUAUAUUGCUUGCUAUAUAGCAGCUAACUUUACUCUUUAACUUAAGUUUUGUUCCAUAUUCAUUAUUUAAUAUGACAAUUACGUUAUAUGGGGGUGCAUGAUUGCAUGCUUGUCACUUGCCCCUAAACAAUGCUUGUGAAUUGUGAUACCGGGGCAUAGGAAGCAUCUAAAAGUUGGGGGGAGGGGGCGGGCUUUGAGUGGCACUUUUCGAAUGAAAAAGGGCACCUAAACAUUUUUUCCCAGAAAAAAUGUUUCCACACAUACCAAAAAUUUUUCCGGAGAUUUCUAUCACAUUUUUUCCCCAAAAUGAAAAAAAUUUUCUGAACAUACCAAAAAUUUUUCCAGAGAUUAUACCAUACAAUAAUACAAUAAUUUAUUGAACUUUCCCCAACGGGGCUUUUCGGAGCCAAUUAACAAUUACAAAAAAUUAUAAGAUAUACUAACAUGAAAUUCUAACCAUGUAUUAUUACCAGACUUUUAUAUAAUUGUGUCUGCCACAGAUUUUGAAGAUAUGACAAGCACAGUAUACCACCCUUUUUCAAUAUGGUGUGAUCAUUGGAUCAUGUCCUAAUUAGAAGUCACCAAUUUACAGGAAACAUUGUUUUUAAAUUUUCUAACAAGGAUCCUACCAUACACGCCCCCCCCUUUUAUAGGACCUCUCUGAAAAUAAUUUUAUGUGAGAUAGUUCUACAGUACUAAAAUAUUGUCAUAUUGUAAAUAAAUACCAUAAUAUAUCUUUAUUAUAUACAGGGAUACAUUGUCUGUAUAUAUAUUUUACUGUAUCAAGCCAAAAACCACUCACAUGCAUUAUUGUGGUUAAAAAUGUCUUAUAUGAAUCAAAACAUGAUGAGGAUGAAUUUGUCAUAUUUGAUUUUAUUCCAAAAUCAUUAUCAAAUUCCAUCUACACGAGCAAAUUUUUGUUUGCCUCAUAAAAACUGGGCACGCCAGUUUUCCAGCAAAUACAUCUGCCACAUAGAAUUUGGGCAAAUUCUCAAACAUGCAUAGAAAAAUUGUCAUAGAAAAAGUGUCACAGAAAAUUUGCUGGGCUUAACUAAAGAUACAAUAUACACAAGAAAGCUUUGGAUUGAUAGAGAUGCAACUACCUGAAAAAUACAAGGAGAACUUUGAUGUUUCGAGUGAAGACCAUUUGUCAGGAACAUGGGCGUACCGGAAGGAAAAAUUAGGGGGGCCGAAAGAAAUUUGCCCGACUUUUUUGCAUUUUGCUCGACCAGUGCCGAAAAAAAUUUUUUCCAGAACAAAUUAAUUUUGGCACUGAACAAUUUCGGAACAAAUCAAUUUUCGCCGAAAAAAUUUCGGUCAGUGUACCAUUUUAGGGGUCCAAAAUUUUUUCGGACAUCCCAAAAUUUUCGGACCAUCAUACAAAUUUUCCACACAUCACAAAAUUGACCAAGGGAGCACGGCAGUAUUGUUUUCGAGACUUUCGUACCUGUAUAUGGCUGUAAAAUCUCUGAAUAGGUAGUCUUUGUCUUCUUUGGUUCGCUAAUUUGCAUAUAAACACUAAAACACUGUUUUUAAAUUCGUAAACAAGCCAACAAUUUCUUUAUAUUUUCGUAUUUUUACAUGGUCGUCCGCUGUACAUUGUAUCGCAUGUAACGGUUUUGUAAAUACGCGCGAAACCUACAAUAAGAAAUAGAGGGGAGUGAAACUGUGGGCACGUGAUCAAUAUUAACCAAUAACAUUUCGGGAUUUGAGAACCGCUUUCUCCAAGGUUUGUAGCAAAACCAAAUGCUUAUACAAUCAGAUUAGAGUCGACUGUAAAAGCCUACCAAAAACUGAUUUGUUCACAAAUCGUAAACAUUUCAACUCUGAUUUCUUUUUAAAUGUAUUAUAUCAUGCUUCUACUUCGAGAAUAUUGCCCAUGGCAUGUUUGAGAGUGGUAAUAAUAUAAAUUUUGUCACUAUUUAUCAAACUGUGAAUUGCGAUUUUUACGUAUAACGUAUUAAAUACCGAAUUAUUCCCAUUUUAGUUUAUUGUAUGCUGGUUUUAUAUGGAUAAUUUCACAUUAGAAUAUUUGAAAAUGGCUUUAAUGUUAUAAAAUAACACAAAAUAUAACAAAAUCAUGACGAAAUGUCGAAAAUGUUUAGCCUGUUUAGUAUAUUAAUGUACUGAAAUAUGAUUUAAAAAAGACAAAUAUAUGGCAUACUAUACGAUCAACCACAGUUUGGAUUAACUAUGGAUCAACUCACGUUAAAAACAUGUGAACUGAAGCCAAGAUUGCAUAAUUCCAUAAUUAUAUCUAGCAGUGGCCUGUGCCUAGCAACGGUUGCUGUGCCUAGCAAUUUGCUACAGCGUCUGUCCACAGGCGGCCCAAUCUCGCAAGGGUCAGUAUAGACUUUAUAUAGUAUGAAUGUAUAUUAUAUUAAUGUAUAUUAUAGUAAAAAUAUGUCGUAAAAUAUAAAUUGUAAAAUGAAAUUGACUUGCCUAUUUGAUAGUGUGUGUUCUCAUUUUAUUCCUCCUUUGUUGGACUAAUAUUUUCCAAGACUUUGUACUCGAUGUUACUAGUAUACAUGAAACAUGAUAAAGGCUAACGAUUCCCGAUCGUCGAUACGACGGCACGGCACUUCGAAUCGAAAAUUUUCACACUCAAAUCGCUUCAUUCUCCAAACAAAUUCGCCAGCAUGUACAACAAAUGCCGUUCUUCGAAAAUACAGAGAUAUUUCGGCGAGAUGUACAAGUUUUGGACCAUAUUUUAACAAUGGAAAUCAAAACCCAUUUUAUAUUAAACUUACCCGGACCGAAAAUUACUACGGCGAACGUCUGCGCAACCAGGCCUCCUUUACCGUUGGAUUUACAGGGGGGGAGGAUGCCACUAAUAUAUUCACGAUAAUAUUUCGAAUUAAAGUAUCAUAUUCUACCAUACUUUCCAACAAAGAGCCGCUGUAUAUUACUUCUUCCUUAAAUUUCUUCAAUCUCCGUCGUUUAAUUUUCUUUUCUAAGACAACAUCUCGAGUUUUAUACAGUAUCCGAUCGAAGGAGUUUUUAUUUUGAAUAUCAAAUUUCAAAUAAUGUAAACAGUCGCUACGCGGCCGCGAUUGGCUGGCUGUUACCGGAAAUAUCUGCUUCCCCCCGUGUAAAUCCAACGGUAAAGGAGGCCUGGUUGCGCAGACGUUCGCCGUAGUAAUUUUCGGUCCGGGUAAGUUCAAGAUAAAAUGGGUUUUGAUUUCCAUUGUUAAAAUAUGGUCCAAAACUUGUACAUCUCGCCGAAGUACCUCUGUAUUUUUGAAGAACGGCAUUUGUUGUACAUGCUGGCGAAUUUGUUUGGAGAAUAAAGCGAUUUGAGUGUGAAAAUUUUCGAUUCGAAGUGCCGUGCCGUCGUAUCGACGAUCGGGAAUCGUUAGCCUUUAUCAUGUUUCAUGUAUACUAGUAACAUCGAGUACAAAGUCUUGGAAAAUAUUAGUCCAACAAAGGAGGAAUAAAAGGAGAACACACACUAUCAAACAGGCAAGUCAAUUUCAUUUUAAAAUUUAUAUUUUACGACAUAUUUUUACUAUAAUAUACAUUAAUAUAAUAUACAUUCAUACUAUAUAAAGUCUAUACUGACCCUUGCGAGAUUGGGCCGCCUGUGGUCUGUCGAAAGAUUUUACCGGAUGUGCCCACAGUUUCACUCCCCUCUAUUUCUUAUUGUAGGUUUCGCGCGUAUUUACAAAACCGUUACAUGCGAUACAAUGUACAGCGGACGACCAUGUAAAAAUACGAAAAUAUAAAGAAAUUAUUGGCUUGUUUACGAAUUUAAAAACAGUGUUUUAGUGUUUAUAUGCAAAUUAGCGAACCAAAGAAGACAAAGACUACCUAUUCAGAGAUUUUACAGCCAUAUACAGGUACGAAAGUCUCGAAAACAAUACUGCUGUGCUCCCUUGAAUUGACCACAAAAUUGACAGAAUUUGUCCCAUUUAUUUUUAUAAUAAGCCAAUAUUGCCCGACUGUGGAGCGAAUAUUGCCCGACUGGCUUUGUUUGCACAAAAAACGGGGGGGGGGGGGCUGCCCCUGCCCCCCCCCCCGCCCGGUACGUCCAUGAUCAGGAAGUUAGUAGACGAAGGAGUUCCCCUUGUAUUUUUUCAGGUAGUUGCAUCCCUAUGAUUUCAAAGCUUUAUUAUUGCCACUACAGUACCUACACUACUGCAGACUGUUCAACAAAUAUACACAAUGUCUGCUAACAAUUGUUUGCAACUUUUUCUAAUCACUUGCUAUUUCCAAAACCAAUACUUUUUGUGUACAUGCACGUGACUAUCCUCUCUUCCACUCGUUCAUUUAACAUACCUUGCAAACAAACAGUCAUACUGCUAUACAAUUUUGCACUUUCAUCCGCAUCCUUUCCAAAUUGCCCCUGACAAUUCUUCCCUUAUACAUACCAUAUUCGGUUUAUGAAUUUUUAACACUUUCACUCUGGUGUAUUCUUUCCCCCAUAUCAUCACAUGUCAUUGUCAAUUAUCAAUUAUUAGCAAGGCCACAGAGUAGAGACAUACAGAGACGUAACUGACCAUUGUAAACACUGCGGGAAAUUACGUUAUCAUGUACCCACUUUUCAGGCGACCGUGCGAAAAAUAUCAACUGCGCGUGCUCAGCAAGUUUAAAGUGAGUCAUCAUCAGGUCGUCAUCCAAUCAGAUGCAUGCAUCUAGUAACUUGCCGAGCAUGCGCACAAAAAAGUGGGUACACUAGUUACGUCUCUGUACUGUAUGUCUCUACUCGGUGGUAAAGCCCCGGUCAAACGAGAAUGUAAGUUGAUAAGAGUUGACAAUCACGCAGUGUUGUGGGGGACAUUUCCAGCUCUCGAGUAACAAAAUAAAGGUAUGAUGAGUAUUCCAACUAUGUUUUACUUAAAGUGCCUAUGACACGAAAUUUCACCCCAAAGGUUUAUCGUUGCAUUGUAAAGAUCACUUAAAAUGACUUAAUAAUUUCUUUUAUAGAAUUUUGGUAACUUGCUCCCUUUUUAAGAUAUUCAACUUUGUUUUAUAUGCAAAUAUCACCGGUGUGACAUCACAUUACAUAAUGAGUUCUCAGAAAAGUAUAGUUUUCUUGACGAAUACGUAUCUAAAAAACUUAAAAAUUACCCUUGUAUAUGUAUUAAUUUCAUAACUGGUAAUUAACCCUCUGUAUUUGUUUGUAAAAAUAUUUUAUCAAGGUAAAAUAUUGCGUUUUCAAAAUGUUAUUAUGCGAUGUGAUGUCACACCUGUGAUAUUUGCAUAUGAAACAAAGUUGAAUAUCUUGCAAAGGAAUCAAGUUACCAAAAUUCUAUAAAUGAAAUUAUUAAGCCAUUUUAAGUGAUCUUUACAAUGCAAUCAUAAACAUUUGGGGUGAAAUUUCGUGUCAUAGGCACUUGAUAUAGAAUACACGAUAGUAUUGGGAAAGCAUUACAACAGCUAACGAAUGUCGCGUGACUGCCAUCUCUCAGUACUCUCAUGUACUCUCAUCCUCGUGUGAUCCAGGCUUACGUCUGAACACUGACAUCUAUCUGAACCAAUUAUGGUAUGGAUUUAAAGGCCGGUUUCCAUUGCAGUCGCUUUGCCCCCGCGGGCGGAGCGGGCUUUGAAAAUCUGCUCAUGUGGACGUGACGGGCGUCAAAAAACAAUGAACGCUUCGCCCGCGCGGGCAAAGCGAACGUUAAUGGAAAACGGCCUUGACUAAAAAAAAGUGAACCCUUUCGAAUUCAAAUUAGCUAUAACGUAUUGUAGUAAUUCAACAGCUCUAAUUGCUUUGAAUUAAUGAUUGGGUAAGAGCACAAGGUCUUGUACUCAUGGGACAAAACUCAAAGAAAUAAAAAUUAGAAAAUUUAAAAGAAAUACAGUAUUCCUUGUGUUCUUACCCAACCAUUAAUUCAAAGCAAUCAGAGCUAUCAAAUGACUACAAUACGUUAUAGCUAAUUUGAAUUUAAAAGGGUUCACUUUUUUGAGACACGCUGCAUGUAGAGCGCUGUGGAGUACACUUCGCGUGCUUGGCAGAAUAUUAGGGAGGCUGCUCCAUUUACUGUUCGGAGUAUUCCGGAUUUUCGAAACACUAAUUGAAUCGAACCGAAAACGGUCACAUCACUAUUCUGACUGCCCCUACUCAAAAGUAUGGGCAGCCAGAACUGUCAUGUGACUGUCAGAACAGUCAUGUGACCAUUAUUGGUUCGAUUUAAUUAGUGUUCCGAAAAUCCGGAGUACUCCGAACAGUAAAUGGAGCAGCCUCGGGGAGUUUACGAUCUACGACACGCCGGCUCGACGACGCGCUUUCAAAACAAAGAAAUUUGUCAUGCGAGACAAAAACAGUGAAUAAUUCGUGGUCCCAGGGGUAUUCUCAACCGCGUUGUCAUUCUCAACACAACGUUAAACAAGAUUAUUACGUCUUACAGGCGACGUGAAGGCUUAAUGCAAUCCAAGAGGUGUUACAGCAAACAUUGCAUCGCUUUAGCCGAACGUAGCAGUUUGUAAGGUUAAUUGAAAAAGCGUCAAAUAUUUUUAAUACAUGCAGUGAUCAAAUUACCUAGCGCUCAUUCUUGAGUUGAAAUUUAGACCGCGUCGUAGAUCGUAAACUCCCUAAUGACUUGAUCACGCCCUGAACAAUCCGACUUCGCUGACAGCUCGCACCAACACUCCAAAACGCACGUGGUUAACUUACUAUUAACUUAACCUAAUUAAAUUUUAUAUUUUUACCAUGAUUUGCUUCCACAUUGUUGCUUUCAUAUUUAUCAUACCGUUAGUUCUACUCCCAGCGUCCCCAGUGCUCACACAUGCAAUAAUACCAGUAUCGUAUACACUGGCGGUCUAAAAGAACUGCUCAAGUUAGAAAUCCACUUCUCUAUAUUGUAUAUAUUGCAUCUUAUCGAUAUGUUGGAGUGAUUUCGCCGUUGUUUUCUAUUUUUUCUGUAUUUUGUACAAAUACUCAGUGUUCGCAUCCUGUGAUGUUUAGUGGAUUUCGAAAUACCAUCGUCACCAUACUGUAAUGAGACAAUAGGCCAUUUCCGAAUUACGAUCGAAUGCCCACCAACACCAGCGUGAGAAAGAAUUGUAAUGAUGUGUCUAUAGACUUGGUGUUGUUGGUCUAUGUACCUAUAACAUGACGGUCAAUGUCUACUUUCUGAUUUUUAUCAGAACACGUGACAGCUAUCUAUAUGUACAAAUGAGAAUUGGAUUUGUCUUCCAAAAUUCGGCUUCAACUUUGUUUUCGAGGUAGCGUUUCAGUUCUUUUGAGUGCAAUCUUGUAUUUUUUAUAUGGCAAGUUUUUACUCGUUGAUCUCUCCUUUCAAAUUUCUCCACAGCCGCCUGAACAUUAUAACAUGCAGUGCCUUAUCAUACUUCUCAAUCUUUUACAACAGGAAAGAUGAGUGAUGCAUUUAUUCCUGUUGACUUGGACAAACUGCUGGAUGACUUUGAAGAACACGAUUCCUCACCUUUGGGUAAAUGUGAAGUGUCUUUUAAAUCUAUUUACAGUAUAUUAUCUAUUUGCAUCUCAUAAUAAAGGCUAACGUCAAAUAUGGUAUACAUGCUGGGAUAGGCUAAAAAAUUAACGAAUUUUUAAGCGAUUCAUUCAACUAUUCCACUUUGCUCGGAGACAACCUUAAUUGAAAUAGCUGUAUAAAACAAAUAAAGAUAAUACUGCCGAUUAGGGAAUUUUGUAAGUACUUUCUCGUGCAGAAGAUUGAGUUAACUUCAACAGGGUAGAAAUAGGGAAGAAUCCAGGGAGCGUAGCCACUGUAGCCGCCAAAUGCCACUGUAGCCGCCAAACGGCAUGCGGUAUAUAUUUUUUAUACUUGGCCUGGUUUCUGAAUAUUUACCCCAGGUUUCUAACUCAACUCAAUCAACUUUUUUCCCGGCACUAUAGUCUGAAUGUCGUCGAUUGAUUUAAAAAACUGGCUUCAUUAAUGCGUUUCGAAGUCGAACGGGAACGUUGGUUUUGAUCAGAUCACACUGCCAAUCAUUAGUUUAACAGAACAAUGUACUGUAUACUGAACGUAUAUAAUCCCCUCAUGACACAGUUCGAAGCAGAGAAUUUAACAAACGAGCCAUGCAAUGAAUGGCCUGGACAUUGUGCGCGGCUAUUCAGCUAUCCUGGGGGCUAACAUUGACUCCGCACCGUACCUGGUGGUGACAAUGCAACAAAGACAUAAUACAGCAAUUAUUUAUUCGUAGUCAAACUUCCUAAGCAACAUUGCCCAAUACGAACUACACUAUUGUUUAAAUGUACUGUAGCUUUAGCAUGCAAAAGUGGUGUGAAUUUCAUGGACAGUGUAUGGAACUACUAGAACGACUAUCUAAUGAGUGAUAGAUAAUUUGAUAGGGUUAAAUAUUCUGGUAUAUGAGCUACGAUUGUAUCAAAUUGUCGUGUGAAUAUCAUUUCCUGUGAAUGAGUUACGAAUCGCAAAUCAUUGAAAUGGGAAAUUCUGUAUUUGUGCCUUGGGCGUCUUCACAUGAUCCCCUACAAAACUUCAUUGAAUGUAAUAAUAAUUAUAUUCUGUACGUGGUGUAAACAUAUUCCUGCUAACCCUAUUUACAACACUAAGUAUCAAUUCUGCUUCUUUUUCAACAUAGUGACGAAUCAAAGACAAUCUUCAGGAAACAAUCAAGGUAACCCAGAUGGCGGUCGCUUGACAGAUGACUGUGAUACAUCUGCAAUAUCUGGCUUUGGAAGCUCAAAGACAUUCCAAGUCAAUGGUUUAGUAUCUAACACCAACCCUGGCACAUCUUUCAGUAAAGAAAUUCAGAAUGAUUUACUUUCUAACACAGGUUCUGAUUCUACGCAUGCUAACAACGUGAACAUUGACUUGUUGUCUACCGAUGUUACUAAAUGUGAUAGCAGCUUGUCAGCUAAUACCAACUCUAAAUCGAAUGGUCAAUCUGGACAUAACAUCGAGCAGAAGCACAGAGAUUCGCGAAAUCUCCCAAGUUCUCUUGUGGGUAACUUGGUGGACCUUACAGAUGUAGAGGUGUCUUCUAAAUCUUCUAUUUUAAAUGGAGUAGAUUUGUUGGGUGACGUUGGGUCGCAGCCAGAUAUACCCCCGCCUGAUAUUACCAAUGGUAUCACGAAUACAAGGACUUAUCAAAACGAUUUACUGAGUGAUAUGGGCUCUUAUAGUGUCAAUUUACCGAACAGUUUACACCAGGAUCUUUUAUUAUUGGAUAUCAACAAUCCUAUUGAUAACUGUCAUAGACCAAACUCGAAUUGUGGUCAGACAUUGCCUGACAAUACGAGUGACAAAAACAUAUUGAAUAAGGAAUCUGGUGAAGAAUUAUCAGCUGUAUGUGAUAAUGUUCACGCUUCUGGCAGUAAUCUUAUAAACAUGCCUCCAUAUGCUUCAUCAUAUAGUGAUACUGAAAAUUCGCUUAUAGACCUAACAACUGAGGACACGAAACCAGAAAUUCCAGCCUCGUUGAUAGGCAGCGCUAGUGCAGUUGGAUUCCCUGCAGAAAGUACCAAAGGACAUUCAAUUAAUCAAAGUUUGCUUGAAGAGGACUACAAAGGAAACGGUUUCAAUGUAGAAAGAUCAGACCAUGUUUUUUCUGAUGAAAACAUUCAAAGAACUUCUACAAACCAAACACUGAUGGAUCGAGAAACCGUUCCUCUAAAUAAAACGGAGGUCUCAACGGGCGUCCCAGGGAUAAACCCCUGCGAUAUUGAUACUAGAACUGAUGAAUACAAUGCAACCUCUGACGAUAUUACGCAUGCUGCUAUUUCUAAUAUUCCUAAUUUAAGUGAAGAAGGCGAACCCUCCCUUCUCUUCUUGCAAGACCAUUUUGGGAAUUCUGAGUUGGCAAGAGACAUAAUAAAUAAUGUAAAUACUCCAGUCUAUGUAAAUAAUGAAAAUAAUACUCUUGAGACAAAUAAUGGUCAAAAUAUUGACGAGAUGAACGGCAGACAAGAGACACCAGCAGAAACCAUUCCUGUGGCUCAAGAUGCUGUAACUGAAGCAUCAGAUGAACUUUCUCCCAUGGGAAAUAGUUACGAAGUACUCGAAUCUGAACAACCAUUCCAGCUUGGUUACACCGCACCUCCAUGGCUGCCCGAUACCGAUGUCAACAGAUGUAUGAGCUGUCAGUGUAAAUUUACUGUGGUCAAACGACGCCAUCAUUGUCGAGCUUGUGGAAAGGUAUAUUUCUUUUUAGUUCUAAUACACCAAAUGUACGAAACAACAACUGCUAAAACAACAACAGCAGCAGCAGCAACAACAACAACAACAACAACAACAACAACAACAACAACAACAACAACAACAACAACAACAACAACAACAACAACAACAACGACGACCACAACAACAACGAUAGCAAGAGCAACAGCAAGAGCAACAGCAGUAGCAACAACAACAACAGCAUCAACAACAACAACAACAACAACAACAACAACAACAACAACAACAACAACAACAACAACGAUAGCAAGAGCAACAGCAAGAGCAACAGCAGUAGCAACAACAACAACAGCAACAACAACAACGACAGCAACAACAACAACGACAGCAAGAGCAACAGCAGGAGCAACAACAACAACAACAACAACAACAACAACAACGGCAACAACAAUCACGACGACGACGUGAAAUAAAAACGGCAAGGACGAAGACAAUGACAAACAAAAAUGUUUGCCUCAUUAAAGAGGCAAAUUUAACCCCAGUUAAACGACCAAAACCGAUCUCAGGAGAAGAAAAAAAAACUGUAUUGUAAAUACAAGUUUAAAAGUAUUAAUUGCAGUGAAACAUCACUAUACAGUAUGUUGAAACACCAGAACCCUUUUAAUGACUUUAUAUUUUUAGAUAUAUUGUUCAUCCUGUUGCAAUUUGAAGUUCAAUCUUCAGUACCUGGAGGACAAAUUAGCGCGAGUUUGUCAAGCAUGUGCGAAUAUUCUUUUACAGCGUAAGUUCUUUACUUAUUCAAAACUAACUAAAAACCACUGUAGUUUCUGUAUUGCUCACUUCUCUCUUGUUUAUUUUUACAAUCCAGGACAGGCAGCUUUAGCCAAUCAACCUACUUCAAUAUCCGACAAUGAUGAAGCAGGGAUGUAUCUUUAUCUUAAUCCUCAUGAUCAGCCUGAACCACCAGGUAAUUUAUGCUUUGCCAAAGAGAGUUUUUAAAAAAUGUUGUUGAAUUCUAUCAUUUUCUUUACAUUUUGUUUACAAAGGAUGUCUAUCUUAUAGUUAGGUUAGGUUAUCUGAAACAUAAGAACAAAGUUUCCAGCGAAGGCACUUCUUCUGGAACUUAGCAGCGUUACGCUACUAGCCUUAAAGGAUUAGUGUCGCACCAUGAUAUCGCGGGCUUCUGUUAUUGCUUAUAUUUUAUACAAAAUCAACAAAUAAUGAUAAAAAUACCUUGUUUCGUACAUUUCCAGUAAGAAUCAGAUAAAAGAAGCAAGGAUUCUCAAAGGAUGGUUUAAGUGUACGACGGAUUACAAAAAUCUUUUCCAGAUUUAUUGAUCUACUCGGCCCAUAGAAUGACCACCAGCAGGAAUUUGAUAACAAUUUCAAUAACUAUUUUAUUAUACAUUGCAUUUUCAUUAAUAAAUAAUAACUCUUUCGGCAAACAUACAAUGAUUUGUCGCACAAGACAACGUUUGGUCCUCAAAAAAAGCAAUGCAAACGAUUUAAAAUAUCACAAUAACAGCAUAAAAAUAAGAGAAAACUCAUUUGGAGUUCCGAUAAAAAUGUCAAAAAGUCUGCUUUUUGCAUAAAAAAACAUUCACUAAAACGCCGUUUGUUCAUGUUGUUCUUUCUUGUUUUUAUUCGUAUACGUAAAUCUCUACUAGCAGAUAACUGUGUUAUGUGUUGGUUGCGUGAUUUCCAUAUUUAACUAUAAGCUAUACUGGCAGAAGACACAUGGUGACUACAAUGUGUAACAAUAAAGUCUAUUUUCUUAUUCUUCUUUGUCCAUACAGAUUUUCUCGUCUCAAAGGCAUUAAAGUUUUGCCUAUAUAUUUAUUAUACUUCACUGGAAACGUCGAAAUGUCUUUUUAGGCUGCCAAGUACAAGAAAAAGUUUUCCAUUCGUCGUCACUUGUACUCAUAUAUAUAUACUCUAUUUUUUCUCUUCUCCAGGUGACAUUCCAGUUGAACAAAACGUGGAAGAUGUUGUCUCUCAAACUGAACAACCACCUGAUUACGAAGAAACUGAAGUUCAAACUCCCAUGCCUGUCGAGAUGGCCUCCGUUGUUCCAGUGUUUACAGAAGAUGCUAUGACUGAGUCUACAUCACAAGUGACGCAGUUUAGACCAUCAACAUGUUCUAGUAGUUCUAGUUUAUCCAGUGCUGACAUUCCAGUGACUUCAACUAUUCCUUUGCCACCGUUAUUAAAAAAGACUGAUGAAGGUACAAAACAAUCUUUAGUAUUGUUAUGGUUUAGAAUAGAUUUAGAGUAGAUAGAAAACUUUAUUAAUGUGGCCAUCUAGGCUAUAAUUUCCACGUGGCACGUGUACCAAUAUACAUGUAUAAACGCACAUGAUCUAGUAAAAGGAGUAAUGAAAAACUAUUUACAGUACCGGACUUAAGUUACUCGUGACGCUGGUUAUAUACAUCUCCAUUGGGUUUUGGAAAUGCAUUGUUUGGACAUGCGCUGGUUACAUCUCGAUUGGAUUUUGGAAACGCAUUGUUGUAUGGACUUAUUGGACUAUCAAGUACCCUCCUAGAGCGAAUCCAGAAAGUAAACAAAAUGCAGCAGCACGGAUUGUCACCUUAUCGAUGGGAAAAGAGAUCACAUAUAACCAGUGCUGAUUUUAUCUAAUCUAAAUCUAUAAUUACUGACUAUAUUUGAAUAAUUUACCUUUUAUAGGGUUUUAUUUGUAAAUAAUUUACUUCUAAAGUACGUGUUAUAUAUACAAAACGUAUUUUACAAGUAAAUCAUGUACAAAUAAAACCCUAACAGUUAAAUUAUUCAAAUAUAGUAGACUGGAGAAUGUAAAGCACCUCGGGAGAUUUAUUGAAGACGCACAAUAUAAGAACGAAAUAUUAUUAUUAAAUAGAUGUUUAUACAAAAAUCGGCAAGUCUAUAUUCGCUCCAUGGGCUAUUUUGCACCACUAACAUUUGUUUGUGUUUCUAGGUUUAAAAAUUGAUGAUUCACCAAACCACCAAGACCUUUUGUACCUUUUGAAAAGUAAGUACAUAUAUAGUAAAAUAUUGAUGUUGGCGCCAGUGUAUAUAAGGUAACGAAAGCUACGGUGGUCUAGAAAACAAAAAAUGCGAGUUAUAAGAAUACGAAUAUUUCGUUGUUCUCUGCAGUAUCAGUAUAAUAUGAAACUACAGUUUUUCAUUUCUUAAUAAAUAGAAAUGUCUGAUGCAGCUACCUUAAAAUUGAGGAAAGAUAAGAAAACUACAUGAGGGAACGUUAAAGCAAUCUUUAUUUUUCAGGCGUAGUUGCAUCAUAUACCCAAGCCCACAAAUUGCAUACUUUUAAUCAGUUUUAAUAUAUGUUAUAGUGUUCAAUGUUAUAGCAAUGUAUGGCCAGUUUAGAUUAUCUUCGCUGUAUUCUCCAUCGAGAAUAUAUCAAUAUACCGAUAUGUUAACUAGCAAAAUGACUGUGCUAAUUAUUAUUGACCUUUGGGCGGAUCUACCAUGGGGGUGCAGGGGGGUGCGCACCCCACCUAGUGGUGUCUAACAUACCCCCCCCCCCUAGAGAAGUCCGGCACCACCCUAAAAAAUCUACUUGACCAUACAUGUUCGACUUUUCGAAUAGCGAUUAGCGAUUAACGGAACUUCUACUGUUAGUAAAACACAAAACAGUUAGUAGAAGUUCAAAAAAGUAAAACGGUUUUUUUCUUUUAUUCUACUGUUAGCGCGUGUUGAUUUCUUGAAAUGAUUUAAUUGAUUUGUGAACUCAAGAGAAAAUGCUUUAGUUACUGUAAAUAUCAUGGUUAAAUAUGUAAACAUGUCAAGAUUGUUUUAAGCCAUAUUUUCAAUUAUACUGUGCUUUAACUACAGCAGCUGUCUAGUCACACAUUGGUGAUAAAAAGUCGAUAUAAACUUUAUAAACAAAAUAUAAUGUAAAACGUAACAGAGCGGGGAACAUGCAGAUUUCAAAUAAUGGUAAUGUUGGGGUAGUAGCGUCGCAGAUUGCAGAGGAGAGUGGGCAGUAAGGCUCCCUCAUGCACCACCCAGUGAACUCUAUGUAAACUGGAACGAUAACUCAGGGGGAUUGAAGCCAAUGCAUUUUAGUUUUUCUGAGUUUUGAGUUUUUCUGAGUUUUUGAUGCUUUAUAUGAAACUGAAGCUAUUGAAAAACGCUAUUUGGUGUAGAAAUUUCACGACUUUGACUAAAAGGAAAUAUUUAAAAAACUACAAAAAUAAUUGCCGUUGUUUUGCCGAAUGGCAGUUGUUUUUGUAUUUUUAAAUUAUUUUGCUUUUCACUGAAGUCUUGAAAUUUCCACACCAAAUAGCAAUUUUCAAUAGCUUCAGUUUGAUAUAUUGCCCAACGUUUGGGAUCAAGUAUUUCAGCUCAAAACUCUUUUGAGAAAAAUAUUUUGGCUUCAGCGAAUCAUAGGCUUUAUCAUAUAUAGGAGACUAGAAGUUAUCGUUCCAAUUUGCAAAGAGUUCACUGGCACCACCCCAUGGAAAACCUGCACCCCUCCUUGCAGACGAGGCUUAGAUUCGCCCUUGACCGUUGUCAGAAUUAGCCAUAUACUAUAGCACAGCGAAUUGAGUGUCUAAUUUGCUUGCUUUUAUUGUAGAACGAAAAGAAACGGUGAUGUUCCUUUUGAAUAAACAUUUAGUCGUUAAAGUCAAGAUUGUUAAAUGUAAGUAAAUUUUCUUGUGACAGCGAACUAUUCAAUGAAGAAUCUUUUAACUGUAUCAGAUUUUGGGCAUCUACACUCGAUAUAUAAGUGUAUAGAAAGGUUUGUAGAUGAAAAUUUCGAGUGUCACUUUUAUACAUUUUAUUAGACUUAACUAGGAACAGUUGCGAAAAAUGAAACUAUAGGCCCCCUUGCAGGUAAUAGAGCAACCCGGUUAUGGAGCAACCAGUCGUUAGUUUCGUAACCUAAAGUAUAUUUUCAAUGAUAUUGUGAUAGAGAGUCUCUUAUUUUCUUGAAAUUCCGCUUAUACUAUGAAAUGUCGUAUUUCAGUAAACUGUUGUGUCAAGAGAAAAUGUUGGUGUUUUAGCAGUGAAGGAAUGCAAGCUGCUGAUCAAGAAGAUAUGGUAAGGAUCUGGCGCAGUCACGUUGCAUUAUUACAUCAUGUCUUUCUUCCUUAAACACAUACAGUAAAUUACCUAACUCACUGGUCUAUCUUCAGGGUUUUACACUGUAGCUAGGAUUUAAGGUGUCGGGAGCUAUAGUGUUUCUAAAUUUCAGGGCGUGCACCUGCUAUAUACGCGUUUCCAGUUACAUGUAUGCUUACGAUCGCGACCAACCAUAAGGCCAACAUAUGCUAAUAUUUCCACAGGCAUUACAGUGGGUUAUUAUAGAGACUCUUAUGGGCAUUUAUAGCUAUAUUUUGACACCAGUACGGACAUACUGUAUCACUACAUAAAUAUAAAAUGAAUAUAAGAAGCAAAUUCUGACUGUUGUAGGUUUAGUAAGAUUCUAUUUCAUGAAUUACCCAUACUGCUUUAAAUAAAUGUUCAACCCGUAAUGGUUUUGUUUUGCCGUCAGUACGUUAAAGUACAUUGUAUAUAAAUAUUAAAAAGAUACCGGAUAAUAUAAAUUUUUUACAGCUUAUCUUGCCUAGUUUUUUAUUCUAACCGAAACCAUCUUGGAUUGUUGGAUGGCGGACAACUUGUUAUUUUCAGUCAAAAGAUUUCAAGAAUAAAACAAGACAUGAAAAAUCGGGGAAUGCAAAGUUUUAUAUAUUAAUAGUGUUAAAAAUUCUUUCGUGUGAUUUACACACUUUAAAGUAUAAUUAAUGUUAAAUAUUGUCCGUUUCAAAUUUUGGGGUGGGGGCUGCGAGCAGACUAGUGAUUUUCAUAUUCUGACAUUUUUCUUAUAGGUUAUACUUUUGGAGUGUGUGCCUAAAGAAUCGUCAAUUCCACAAGAUGUUCUGUCUCACUUUAAUACAGCUUUUAAAUAUGCUAAGCAAGGUACUGUAUACUGUAGAUGAUAUAUACAGUACAGACAGUACAGUAUGACAUACAUUAAGUAGAGUUGAAGAGACCAGGCCUUAAAAUAUCGGUCGGUCACGGACAUUGUUCGACCCAUUCAUCAAAUUGUCCGACGUAGAGAGGAAACCACCGGACAUUCUGUCCGACCUAAGUGAAACUGAAGUUUAUUGUUUGUCUGACCCUAGUGUAUUGGUGUCCGACCAAACUGUAGCUUUGUCUUACGCUUUCUCCACGCACGUAAACCAAAAUGUACCCUUGUCCGGAACCAGAGUUUGUAUAAAAAUGAACCAAAAAUGAACCGAAAAUGUUGCGGGGCGGCGAGUGAAAUGGUGAGGUGGAAAAUAGGCUCAAGUUAUCGAAGUCGUACUGCUAUCAAUGGCAAGCAAGUUAAUUUUGGCUUGGAAAUAUGUAAGUAUGAAUGACACAAAUUAUUUAAUAUCUUCACAACAUUUAGUUCAGAAUGAAUACAUUAUGCUGAUGUUAAUUUACGUCAUUCAAACUUAUUUCCGACCUAAAAUGAACUGAAGGUCAUCGGACAUAUGUCCGACCCAAACUCAAAGUCAUCGGACAUUUUGUCAGACUGCCCUGUAAAAGAUAUUUUAAGGCCUGAAGAGACUCGACAAGUUAACGAAUUCUGCAAUGUUCCCAUGGACUAUAGUCAGAAUGUUUAGCCCCCAUUUUAGUGCAGAGGUCAUAUGACCUCUAAUACUGUUCUGAGGACGCAAAUUUCAAGCGAGUGACCGAUCAAUAGAGUAAACAAUCCGGGGGGAGCAGGCAAAUGGUUCUGUUUGUAGUACAACAGGUAGGGUAGCCGUGUGCACAGUAAUUAUAGUAUAAUUUAGAAGUUUCCUUGCUUAGCUGAGCUGCCCUUGUUAACAGGACUAUUAACAAAUUUACCAUCCUUAGCUGAUACACUAAUGCACAAUGUUUAAAUAUAGGUCACAGAGUAACAGAUCUAGGAUAUACGAUAUUUGGACAGCCAUUUUUGGGAUCAUUAAGAAAUGCUGGAUUUCUUUACGUCAAGUCUUCCUUCCAGGUAAAGUACAGUAAAACACUACAGAUUAAGUAUAUGCUAUCGAGCGCUACCUAGGGAUAUUAUCAAUAGUAUAUUAAGAGGAAAGCUGACGACUCGUAUUUAUACCUAAAUAUACUGUACUAGUGUACUGGUAAAUCCUAUCCUAGGUUAACUAUUAAUGUUUCGCAUGCGAUGUUUCCUGUAUUACCUACCAUUUUGAGUAUAAGUGUUGUAUUUGCCAUUAUACUGAACCAUAAUGUUAACACGCCUAUUCCCCAUAACACUCCUAAUAUAGGGGAUCGCAUUUUAGAGACACUACAUUUCAGUACUUUUUGGAGGGAGGGAAGACGGGUGCUCCUGAACCCUCCUCUAGUGUUCGAAUAUCGUUGGUAACGUCGCUGAAAUGCUGUCUGUUGACCAUUUAGCUAGAGUAUACGUUGGAUGAUGCUGGGUGCGUAGCGGGACCACCUGCAGGUCUAGACAUUCUCCGGUACAGGUCCACUGAUGACAUUGGGUCUGAUUCAAAGUAUUUUACGUUUCCUUUCGCUUUUGAAUGGCAGAAACUAUAUUCAAAGUACUGUUUUUCCUUUUCUUAGUGUUUAGACAAUUUAUUGCUGCCAUCUGGUCCUCAUAUUUUUGGCAUACUGAUUCAAAGAGAAGAAGUUUCUUGGGUCCAGCUCUUCCCAAUCAGACUUAUUCUACGUCUUGGGGCUGAAUAUAGAUGUGAGUGUGUUAUAAACGGUAGAGGGGAAGGAGGGGAGUGACCCUUUCGCCAAUAUAUUGAAUGAAUCUGUUGAUUAUAGACUAUCCCUGUCCAUUGUGGAGUGUUAGAGAUCGAGAACCCUUGUACGGUGAAAUUGGUCAUACGAUUAUGGAUCUUCUUGCUGUAAGUAGAUUAAUUUGGAAAGCAAGUGUUAUAUAAAAGGUGAUGCCAAUGUGAGGUGUAUGGGAAAAUAUCAGGAUUGUAGGUUUCUCACUUGAUAGAACUAAAGAUUUGUACUUCUACCGAAUGAGAUGCCUAAACCCCCAUACACCUUACGUAAACUGGCAUCACCUUGAUACAAUUACAUGGUCUUGCGGUUAGAGCUCAACAACUGGACUUCGUAGUUCAGUUGGUUAGGGCACGCCGCCAGAAUCGCAGGACCGCUGGUUCAACUCUUGCCAGAUAGGCUAUAGUUGCAUUUUUCGCAACUGCUCCUGAUUACAUGUAGGUCUAAAAAUGUACAAAAUUGACACCUGGGAUUUCCAUGUACUGUACAUUAAGGCAGCGUUUACACUGUACCGUUUUCGUAGCGUUCUCGUAUUGUUCUUAAUCCUCAAGGGAACGCAAGACAAUAGUCUAGUUCUCUCGAACAAUACGAGAACGCUACGAAAACGGUACAGUGUAAACGCUGCCUAACCCUCCAACAUUCAAUACCAUUUUGUGAAUUAAAGUGACCAUUAAUUUAUUUCCAUAGGUCUCCCACCUAUUAGUCCCAGCCCCAUUCUAUUAAAAUGAUUACAGACAUGCCAUAUUCCUGUUGUUUAUGUAAACCUGAUCUACAUGACUGGAUUCGAUGCAUAUAUACCGUACGACACUGUGAACGCAGUUCUUUAGUUCAAUAUUAAUUUGCAACUUACGGCAAAUGUUCUACUGAUUGUUUUCAGGAUUUCAAGAAUUUUCAGUACACAUUACCUCGAGUGACUGGAAUGCAUGUUCAUUUGGAGGAUAAGAAAGUUGUCAUACAACUGCCACAAAAUCGUUAUGACGAAGUAAGUAAUUAGUACACACUGUUGUUGCGUCCACUGGGUAUGUCGCCAAAGUGUGGCAAUAUUGAUUUACAAAAUUAAUUUGAUCAAAUAAUAUUAUUUGCAGGCAGGGCCGGCGAAAGGUUGCGCGGGGCAAAAUUUUUCCAGGGGCGUAUGACGUCAUAAUUGUAAAACAGGAGAAGCGGUGUUUUACAGUGUAUUGCAUGUUAUCCGGCACUGACGCAGCUCGGAUAACUUGCAUCAAGAAAAUUUAAGGGCCUUCGUCCCUUUGGGUCCUGGGCAAAAUCUCCCCCUUAUCCCCCUCCCCUCGGCGGCACUGUUUGCGGACAUACGCGGAUAGAAGGCUUUGGAGUGUGAAAGUAAACGUGGCAUUAGUCAUAAACUAGCAUCACAGCUUUAAAUUUCAUCGCCGAUGAACCUUUAUAACGUAACUGUUAUUAUUACUUCUUUCUGAUUAUACGUUUUUUUGCAGGUUUUAAAAGUCCUGAAUGCAACAGAUGAGUUCGUGAUGGCAUUUGAAGCGACGUUCAGUAAUGUUGCCGACGCACAUUUAGUCUGUAUACAAGAAGGAACAAGCUAUAAAACUCAGUCUAUCAAUUUAGAAGGGCAAGAACGGAAAGGUAUUUAAUAAAAUGCCAAUCAUUGGCUAUAUUUGGAUCAUGGUUUAUGGUUUAUAAAUAGAAACAUCAAAAUAUGUACAUGCUCUGUGAUUACAACAUUUUGCACCGUUUGGUACUGCCAAUUACAAUAUACAGAAGUAUUUUCUUGUAUUAUUAAUGGUAAUAAUUGCAUGAAUAUACAGUAACACCAUGUCUUUUUGUAGUAACUGCUGCAAGUUUCAUUGUUUUUAAUGGUGCCUUGAAAACUACAACCGAUGUUAAAGCAAAAGUCAGUAUUGUUGAAGGUACAGUAGGGUAGCCUUUUCUCUGAAAAUCUAUCAAUAUUUCACGAGACAUGAGUCUACAAUAUGUUUAUUUCUAUAAAAGAUGUUUAUAUUUUAUAUUUAUUUUUUUAUCAGAUGGAGUAAUGGUUCAAAUGAUCAGGCAAAUGAGUGAAGAAAUGAGGCAAGCUAUGCGUGAAAUGAGUGACUUCACUAUUCAUACUGGAUGUCCUGAUACGGAUGGUGUUGCAAUACAACAAGUCGUAUUUGAGUGGGUUUCUAAAAGAAAUCUAGACACCCAAAGGUAAGAUCUGCCGCAUUUUCUAUCGGAGAGCCUAUAUUUGCUACGAGAAUUUUAAAAUAAUUAUUUAUCGUUGCUGUCGCUUGUGUGCCUAUCUAGUGUUUCUUGGCCUGCGAACAGGUUGUCUACAGUAGGUUAGGUUUGUCCUCCCCUCACUUCCACUCUUGCAAGAUUAAAUGUUGAAAGAGAUGCGCUAUAAUCUUUUAUUCAUAAACAACACUUUGUUUCAAAUCUAAAAUAUCUUGGUUUUGGAAGUUUCAUUCAUCGUUCAUGAAGAAAAAAAUAACUUCGGGAUGACACCGCUGCCAAGUUAAGGCAAAUUAAGACACACUUGGCAAUUUUUUAUAUGAAGACAAACAUGUUUGAAACUGCUCAGCAUGUUAUCUUUUGAUACUCAGUUAUGUAAAUAAGAGAUAAAACCGUUUAAUAGGACCUACUGUAUUGACCUGAUUUAUUUAACGCGUCUUCUUAGUGUAGACGUUUCAGCCAAUAAAGCAUGCGUACAGUGAAGGUAAUUUCAGAUUCGCGAUUUGUUUUCCCAGUAAGCAGGCAUUUCUGAUUAGCUGAUUGAUACGGUGGCCCAUAAGGGCCAACCCUUCUCCGCAGAAACAUGCACCUUCUCCGUACAAACGCGUUGUCAUUCCAUGGAAAUCAAACUUCUCCGUGGAAUAUUGCCGUUGUUCUGUCACGGAAAGCCUUUUCUCCGUACAAACAUGGAUAAUAAAAUAAAUGGAUAGGAAACUAGCUGACGUGACCUAAUGUUUUUACUGGGAUUGAUGGCGUGGCUGGGUGCCUCAACCUAGUUGAAAACCAAAUUCUCAAAAACGGCAUGUUUAGCAAUAAUACAGCUAAACAUUUUAGUCAAAGAGCAAAUAAAUGUAACCACGCCAUUCUACGAUGAAAACUCUAAGUAUUCCCAGUCAAUUUUAGCAAAUAUUUCAAGCACUAAACAGUGAAAAAUACAUCGCAAAUUUCGCAAAAAUUUGUGACGCCAAUUUCGUAGCUACAAAUGUAAAAAAAUACAAAACAAAGACGAAAAACAUUUACCUUGAAUACUUUGUCGUGGCUUAGGCAUGUUUUUAAAACAAUUAGACCAGUUUACGCUUCAAGAUCACCCUUUUAAAGUGGAAAAUAUAGCAAAACAACAAAAAUGCCGAGAACUUUGGUAACAUUCGCAAUACGCGUGACGUCACGUUUUUCAACAAGGAUGCAGUCAAUGACGUCAGAAGUUUCCAAUCCAUUUAUUUUAUUAUCCAUGGUACAAAUAUACAUCUUUUCCGUGGAAACACGCAGCUUUUCCGUGGAAACACCGCAGCUUCUCCGUGGAAACGCGUAGCAUUUAUGUGAAAAACGAUACGGUGGCCCGAACGGGGCACCUCUUCUCCGUAGAAACAUGCAGCUUCUCUACUAAAACUAAACAUUUUGCAGCGUGUUGAGUCCGAUUGAUGGUCUUACACUUGGAACAACAUCGGAUAUCAAGAUCAACACCCACUUUGAUUUCUCUACGCCAAGUAUCUUUAGACUACGUUGGACUGAGUUAUUUUUCCUGGAACAUACCGGAUCCGCACGUAAUCUACCAGCUCAGUUUAAACAAACAACUGCAGAUAUUGCCAAGGCUUGUACUGUAGCUCUACGACCUUACCUUAUUAACCUCUAUCAAAUGGAGAGACGUCGUAUUGGAUUACGGGUCAAUCUCAGUCCGGAUAUGGUAAGUGCAUAUAGUAUCAUUUUAUGAUACGAAAUUCUCAUUCAGAAGUAUCCGUAUAGUAUAAGAAGUCCACCACCGCCAACUCCUGUGCCACAGAAAAAUGUGCACAUACUACAACAAUGGACUAUAUUAUGGGAAAAAGUAGUGAAGUAUUGUCCAAGUACCACCAUUAGUAUCUGGUUAUUAUUCGGAAUCUGGUUACCAUUUUUCAACCAGUAUCCGGUAGACUACUAUCCGGUACCAUUUGGUAUCCGGCAAAAUAAUCUCUAUCAUUCGAGCUUCUGGUCGCCUUUUUCACCCUGUUUGCCAUUGAAUUGAUAAAAUGGGUACAAGGAUUAAGGUUAGGAUUAUUAACAUUGGGAUUAAGGUUGGUAUUAGAGAGGUUAAGAUACCCCAGUUUCGGUGUACGAGUAGCAUGAUUUUGGUUAGCAAUAUUUUCGUCGAUGUCUGUACCUUUACUCGUAAUUAAGGUGCACAUUUUUCGCAUUAUAUCAUUGUCUAUUGCAAGAAAACAGAAAAAGUAUGAUGGAAUUACAGACAUCAGUAAAACAAGAUGACACUACUCGUACCCGUACACCGAAACUGGGGUAUCUUAACCUCUCUAUUAUUAGGUUUUGAAUCGGCUAUCUACACCUUGCAAUUUAAGUUCUUUGUAGGAUUGCAUGGCGAUAAAACAUAUAAUACUUUUUAUUUGUGGAAACACCACGUAAAUAUAUUACCCCAAAGCUUUCGAUACGUAAGCCCAGGAUCUUCAUCAGUGCUAAUAAUAUGACAUAUUAUUAGCACUGACGAAGAUCCGGGCUUACGGAUCGAAAGCUUUGCAGUAAUAAAUUUACGUGUUGUUUCCACAAACAAAAAGUAUUAUUACCUUGCAAUUUGUCUUUUCUGGUAAAGAUUAAGGUUAGGAUUGGGAUUGCGCUAUAUUAUAUAUUAUCAAAAUAGGUACUCAAUCCAGUUAUAUUCCCAGGUCAGUAGUGUAAAUAUAUAGCCGACCGCACAAUCGUACGUAUGAUGAAAGGUAUAGAAAAAUACAGUUUUAGCCUUUCUCACUCUUGACUUAUCUGUCAUUUUGGGGUACUUCCUCUCUCAAGUCAGAGAGUGUUGCCCCCCCCCCCCCACACAUUUUUUAGCUGUGGUUGUGUCUAUUAAGGCUAGUUGCUACUCAGGAAAAUUAUCCGUGGAUUGGACCGGACAAGAAAAUUUUUCUUUAUUUUAAAGUCAUUAGUUCCAACCCAGAGCUCACAAGACAAAGAAAAGUUUUCUUGUCCGUUCCAAUCCACGGAUAAUUUUCCUGAGUGGAAACUAGCCUUUAUGCUAAAUAAUAAAAAUCAUUUUUUCCACAUUGUUUAGUUUUGUCUACAUUCUCUGACGUGGGAAGACGGUGCCCCCAAAAUGGCGGGUAUGGUCCCGUGAGAGAAAGAUUAAUUCGCCUUAAUUUUGCUUUAAUGUUGUAUAGGUUGGCUACAUUAUUGGUUCUCAAGGCUCGCCUCUGCCUGAUGAAAUGGCAACUAACUUGGAUAAUGAACUUGUUCCUGCAAUUCACAAUGCUGUGAAUCCUUCAAGCAGUACUCCCUCGUCAAUGGAGUUUCUUUUUAACAUUGUAGAAAUGUUAAGCUAACAACUUUCAUGCGACGAAAAAUUACGACAUGCUAGAAUUUACCAAAAUAUCAUGAUAGAUGGAAGGCCAUUUUAUGUGACGUCACGGUAGCCAUGUUGGUGGGCUAGAAUAAAGGAUUUUGAUUAAUCCGGUCAUAGGUUACCAUCACCAUUGUUUCACAGUCAGUGGAGUAAACGGUUUGGAAACUCCGUGGAAGUAUAAUACCACGACUGAUUAUCCUUGUUUUGUCACGUGUGCAUUGUCCAACAAACCAAUAUAGCAACCUGUUGAUAACAAACCCUUACACUGUAUAUCAUGUACAAGCAUUACUAUAUAUUGAACUGGGUUGAUCUUGAGCAUAUUUUUCCAUAAGUGGAAACCAACAUUGUUUACGAGUUCAGUGGUAUAAUUCCAUCGAGUUUCCCAACCUUUUGAGUCUUCAGAAUGAAAAUACCAUUACGGCCGCUUGGUCGUGUUAUAAUACUAUAUACACAUUACAAUAUAGCAGUUUUUGAUAAUCAGAAACCGCAUUAAAUUUUAUUCCAGAUAAUGUAGGUUUGUGGACAAGUAGAAAACCUCAAUAGCAGAUAUAAAGAGGACAAAUUAUAGACUUAAGGGCAUAGACUGUAUGGACUGACGGGGCAUACAGUGUAUGCCGCAUAUAUUAUAUUUAUUAUAGAUUGUAUCUACAGUAUAGGUGGUUUGCAACCUGGUGCAAGCAAUCGCCAGGAAUGAAUAUAAAAGGCAAUUUUCACCAUGUUGGAUGCAAUUUGAAUUACAAAUAAGGAAGUCUUGUUGUGAGAUUCGUUCAACAUGGCGGUGUAAGAUGACGUAACUUGUAUACCAUAUUUAUGUGUGUUAUUAAAUAGUGGUGGACCUUAAAU